GUGACGACCACGCCUCCUUCAAGGUCCCCGCUGUCUUUCUUCUUUCCGAUACGCUGCCCGAGUUUAUGAACAUCAUCGGGGGAUGGAAUAGAGGGAAGUAUGGAUCCCAGUGAAAGGAACGCAGGCAAAACGGUUGACAUUUAUCGUGAUACAUGGGUCCGUUUUCUUGGCUAUGCCAAUGAAGUCGGUGAGGCUUUUCGUGCUCUGGUGCCGGUGAGCUUUGUAUGGGGGAGCUAUGCUGUGGCCACCACGUAUGUUACAGCUGAUGCAGUGGACAAAGGAAAGAAAGCAGCUGUGGCUCAUGGGGACAACCCAGGGAAGACAACACGGGUAGCAGUUGCAGUAGUGGACACCUUUGUGUGGCAGGCUUUGGCCUCUGUGAUCAUCCCAGGCUUCACCAUUAACCGUGUGUGUGCUGCGUCGCUGUACCUACUUGGCAAAACUACCAAGUGGCCCCUGCCUGUUCGCAAGUGGACAACAACAGCUAUAGGCCUCUCCACAAUCCCUUUCAUCAUUACGCCAAUAGACAGGUCAGUGGAUUUCCUUUUGGACUCGAGCCUACGGAAGAUCUACAAUGAGGAAGAGAAGCACAAAUAGGGCAGGAUCAUACAAGAUGGACCAUCCCACCUGGGAAUAUACCAGCCCAGUCUGUGAACCUUUACUGACCAUACAGAGCUUGUGUAAAGGAGCCUUUGAUGGCGCAAGAUUUCAUACUCAGUCAAUGAUACCAAUAAUACAUAGUUUUUAAUGCAGGAUUAAAAUAUUUACUUACUCAUAUUGUUUGUUGGAAGUGAAAUCCUGCUAUAUGGAAUAUCGUCUGAAGAUGCUGAAUUUGAACCUCUCAGGGCAAUCUGGGUUGCAUCACAAAAAACAACUUAAAUAGGAAUGUGAUAGUAUAAAACUAUACGACCCCUCCACCUUACACAGAAAAGUCCUUCUUCUUUGGCAGGGUUUUGGUAUCUUGACAUAUUCCUGUGAUUUUACAGGCAGAGAAAACCUCCAAUAUUGCCCUUAAGGGCCUUAGUUGUGAGCCAUUACUCUGACUUCCAGAGCAUCACUUCACGUGUAGACAUCAGUGGUUAUACUUUUAAUAACCACAUUUUUUUUAUCAGCCAUAGUCAGUGGUACUGUAAUAAAAGGCCAAAUAAGUAGUUUGCCAUAGUCUCAAUCAAAGUUAUUAACUUGAUUGCUUUUGUUUGCCUUCUUUGCACCAUAGAGUUACAGUUUAUAGAUUCUACUUACUGUAUAGUUAUCGAUAUGUACAAUACUGUGAUGUGUUGUAGUUAUCUUAGACAUAGUAUAGCUAAUAGUCCCCAGUACCAAUAGUUAGGAAGCCUGUACUCAUUGAUUUCGAUUAAUGAGAUUGUAAGUUGCAUAAUUUGUACAGUCUGUGCGGUUAAUUAGAGUUAGGAAAAAUUAAACUGAGAAAUUAGACUUUGACUCCUCCACAAAAGCCAUAUCCUGUGGGUCAAUUCAGUGUGUACGCAGUUAAAAUUUACUGUUGCACUUCUCAAAUACUUGUGAAGGUCAGUGUGUUAUCUAUGCAGCAAUUAAUUAAGUUAAUUGCGAAAUUGACAAAAGUUGAUGACCUAUAAUUGAUCUUUUCUGUGUGGAGUAAAAGAAGCUGGUGUAUUUCAUGCAGAGCUAUGCAAAGAAAUCUUGUGUGUGUAGAUAAGCUUAAAAAAGAGAUUGUUUUCCUUUAAUAAAGAAAAUAAUUUGUGGUUGCAUCACUUUUACAUUUAUGUAAAUUUCAUGAAAGGGAAAUCUAAUAAGCUGUCACUGUAAGGCAGCAGGGAACAUAUUGUCACUUUUUGUGCCAGUAUACACCAGGGUACCAGUUUAGCCUUCACUGUUGUUUAAUGUGUCACAUUGUGAAAACUUGGAGUGAAUCAUUAAGUUUAAUUGCAGAUGUGAACAAGAGAUGCAACAUUGUCAAAAAAACACUUUAACCGUGCUUGUUUUGGUGGGAUUUUGUCACUGAAAUUCAUGCUGUGUGCAUGGUGUAUUAUGUUUUCAGUUAAAUUUGGUGUCAGCAGUUCUUAGGAAGUUUGAUUAGUCAUAGCAAGAAAAAAUCUCCAAAGCACAGACGGCCACUGUUAUUGUCACAAUGACAUCUGUCCUUUCUUGUUUUGAUGUGCAAAUAUUUGCCUUAUCAAAACGUUUAUUAUUGCUUUUUUUUCCUGAAAAUCUUUUAUUCAGUUUUUUAUGUCAGACUUUACUCAUAACCUCAUCAAUCUGAAAACAAAGAAAGGGGUCUGUUUGCUGUUUGAACAUUUUGGACAUGUCUAUGGUGCAGUAAUGUUUCCGAUCUUAAAUAAAACAAACUGUUUUGUUUACUGCAGUUCACAUGAUAUUCUGUAACUUCUGGGCUACUUAAACUGUGCAUAAAUAAAUAAUAUUUCCGAAAUAUCUUUGAUUUCCAGCCUCUCAGCAAUGAUGUCUAUUAACAGAAACAAAUUUUUUACAUUGCUUUCUGCCUGGUUUUAGUUCAGUUUGUUUAUGCUUUACCAACUUAGACUUAGAGAGAAAAGGUGCCAUGCAAGCGUCAGUUUAAUCUACAUAACAGGGCCGCAUGAGACCAGCUGAAUUAGUCUUGAUUGAGUCCCAGCUGAUGCCACUUUUGAUGAUGAAGGGUCCAAAUAUAAAGCAAAGGAAAGCCAACCACUGGCAACGACAGACAUGUUUGUGUUCUACUUUGUGUUUUUGGGCCAACUGGCCAUAUCAGCUGGUCAGUCAGAUAUUCCUCAGUAUGCCAGUGGCCAGUGGCUGCUGAAUGAGAAUCCACAGUAUGACAUAGAUGGAGAAUCUUCACUACUAGAGGAUAACAUGUUGCCUGAAAAUUCCUCCAUGGCUGUACUGCCAACAAUUGAGGAUCAGAACUUGCAGAUGACUCCAGAGUCCUAUCUUCUGCUAGGACAAGGUUCCGAUGAAGUUCAUGACUCAAAAGUGUGGAAAAUUGUUCUAGUAACUGCCAUCCUGCUGGUGUCUUUAGUGGGAUCUCUGGGUGCAGCCUAUUAUCUGUGUGUCUGGAGAGGAGGCAGGAUUCACUACCAGCCUCAGAGGACUUAUGCUUGAAUGUAAAUAAAGCGUAUGCUCCAACUU